CCCUCAGGCCGCCAUCGCAAUUACGCUCUCUGCGGCCUGCAGUUAGUGGGCCGCUGCUGGCCGAAGAGAAAGCGCCGACCGGGACCGGAGGAACUCUAGGCCAAAGGGGUGAGCCAGCCAGGAUCCCGGGACCCUUCACCGCUGGAAGCCGGCGAGAGAAAAUGAAACAGGCGGGUUUCGGCGGGGGAGGGAGGGAACCAGCGGAAGGUGUCAUGGCGGCCGUGCUCUGGGGUCACGUGCUCCGCAGGCCCGCCUUGGCACUUCCGGUCACGUGCCCUCAGAGUUCUCGCAGCCAGCGAUGGAGGCGAGACCCCCCAGUAACAGAGGCGGUGGCGGAGGCUGCGGCGGCUACUGGGUUUCAGACUCUUCCGGGCAGCGUCGCUAAGAAACGCAGCGGAACUCGGCCGGACCCAUCCCACUUUCUCACUCCCUGCCCAGGGCCGUAGCUCCCACCUGCCAGUUAUUGGAAUCUAUGAAGAAUGGUCCUCUGAUUUGUGAGAAGAAAGUAAUAGUGCUUCCUGGAAUUUAGCCGCAGAUGUAUCUGCAAAGGUUUCUUGUGUCUUACCAAGAUUGUAUCCUUUUAAUAACAAAGAUCUUAACACCUUCUAGCCAUCAUGGCAACUUCAUCUGAAGAAGUCUUGCUGAUUGUAAAGAAGGUGCGUCAAAAGAAGCAGGAUGGAGCUCUAUACCUUAUGGCAGAAAGAAUUGCUUGGGCACCUGAAGGCAAAGAUAGAUUUACCAUCAGCCAUAUGUAUGGAGAUAUUAAAUGCCAGAAAAUCAGUCCAGAAGGAAAAGCUAAAAUUCAGCUUCAGCUGGUUCUGCACGCAGGGGACACAACUAACUUCCAUUUUUCCAAUGAAAGCACAGCAGUCAAAGAGCGAGAUGCAGUGAAAGACCUUCUUCAGCAGCUGCUGCCCAAAUUUAAGAGGAAAGCUAAUAAAGAACUUGAAGAGAAAAACAGAAUGCUGCAAGAAGAUCCUGUUUUGUUUCAGCUUUAUAAAGACCUUGUUGUGAGUCAAGUGAUCAGUGCUGAGGAAUUCUGGGCCAAUCGUUUAAAUGUGAACUCAACAGAAAGUUCUUCCACAUCCAAUCAUAAGCAGGAUGUUGGCAUUUCUGCAGCAUUUCUGGCUGAUGUCCGGCCCCAAACAGAUGGAUGUAAUGGUCUGAGAUAUAAUUUAACCUCUGAUAUUAUUGAGUCCAUAUUUAGGACCUAUCCCGCAGUAAAAAUGAAAUAUGUAGAAAAUGUUCCCCACAGCAUGACAGAAAAGGAAUUCUGGACACGUUUUUUUCAGUCCCAUUAUUUUCAUAGGGACCGGCUGAAUACAGGGUCAAAGGACCUGUUUGCAGAAUGUGCCAAAAUAGAUGAAAAAGGGUUAAAAACAAUGGUUUCCUUAGGAGUGAAAAACCCACUACUUGAUUUGACAGCUUUGGAAGAUAAACCAUUAGAUGAGGGCUAUGGCAUAUCCUCUGUGCCAUCUACUUCUAAUUCUAAAUCCAUAAAGGAAAAUAGUAAUGCUGCCAUCAUCAAGAGAUUUAACCAUCACAGUGCCAUGGUCCUAGCAGCAGGUCUCAGGAAACAAGAAGCACAAAAUGAACAAAAUGGUGAGCCCAGCAGCAUUGAUGGAAAUUCCAGAGAUGCAGACUGCUUUCAGCCAGCAGUCAAAAGGGCGAAGUUACAGGAGUCCAUUGAAUAUGAAGACUUGGGAAAAAAUAAUUCCAUAAAAACGAUUGCACUAAACCUCAAGAAGUCAGAUAGGUAUUAUCAUGGUCCAACUCCAAUCCAAUCACUACAGUAUGCAACAAGUCAGGAUAUUAUUAAUUCUUUUCAAAGUAUUAGACAAGAAAUGGAAGCUUAUACACCCAAAUUAACUCAGGUUCUCUCAAGUAGUGCCGCCACUAGCACCAUCACAGCACUGUCACCUGGAGGAGCACUUAUGCAGGGAGGGACACAGCAAGCCAUAAACCAGAUGGUGCCAAAUGAUAUUCAGUCUGAAUUGAAACACCUGUAUGUGGCUGUUGGGGAACUUCUUCGGCACUUCUGGUCCUGCUUUCCUGUUAAUACGCCAUUCCUAGAAGAAAAGGUAGUGAAAAUGAAAAGUAAUUUGGAACGAUUCCAGGUUACAAAGCUCUGCCCAUUCCAAGAAAAAAUUCGAAGACAGUAUUUAAGCACAAACUUGGUAAGUCACAUAGAAGAGAUGCUCCAGACAGCCUACAACAAGCUCCACACGUGGCAGUCACGACGUCUGCUGAAGAAAACGUGAGGUGUCUGUGGCUCUUACAGGUUUUGUGAGAUUGAAAGAACUGUGACCUGCAGUGACUCUGGAAACCUGGCCUGACAGACAUGCAGAUGAUCAACAGAAGUGCAAGAAACGUCUGCACCACACCAACUCUCAGAGCUGGUGCUAUUGUACUUGCACAUUGUGAACUGAAAGGAAAGGAACUGAUUAAACUAAAAGCUGGAGAGGUAAAUUAAGGCAGAACCAAAAUGAGCUAAGUUGCAAAUAUAUAUAUAUAUAUAAAUAUAUUUUUUAAAAAGACACUGUUUACUGCAGUUACUCAGGAACUGCUUUUGAUUCAUAUUAAGCUGCUUUCAGAAAUUAAAAAAAACAAACACUUUUUAAAAGGGUGCGUUGAUAAAAUCUGAGGUUUUUGUUGUUUUCUGUGUAAAUUUUUUUUCUAAGUUUAUGGCACAGGGUACACCUUAAGUAUUUCUCCUCCAUCCACCACUUGGAUCCUCAAGUUUGUACCUUACAUCAGUAAGUUAAAGAGAGUCCUUUAAAGAGGGAGACUGUUGCUCAACCAUCAGGAAACAGUUGUGCUCAGAAGACAUCAUUGGUCCUGUGUUUCCUACGGAAAUGAGAAACAAUAAAUAUUGCACUGAAUGUUUGUGGUUUAAGUCCCUAAAUGAUAAAGAGGGAACAGAAUUUGCAGAAAGUUGUGUGGGGUUUUAUGCAGAAUUUUGUCAGAAGACAAUGGUGCUGCAUGUUCUUUGAGUGCAAAUGUACAUUGCUAAGAUUUUUUUUAAGAUGGCAUGUGCUUUGAAAAAAGGAAAUUGCAUUUUUAAAGUUUAAAAAUCUUAUGAGUGAGAAAUAUAAGAGAUCUUACUUAUUUUCACUUCUUUAGAAAAAUAAAAGAUGUUUCUCAUA